AUGACAGGCAUGAUGCAAAUUCCAAGAACCGAGCUUUUUCUUGCAGAGUCGGUCGGCACUACUGGACUACUCGUACUGGGCAGACUCAUUAUUCGCUCAGAUAUGAAUUCCGACCUGUCACAUUUCACAAAUCCAUUAUCCCCCCAAUCUCACAAAUCUCAAAUCUCACAAUCUCACACUCUCAACAAGGGGUAUGCUAUGGGUGCUGUAAUCGAGUCGAGUCGAGUCGAGUCGAGCUUGUCUGGUCUGCUCUGCCUUCAAGCCCCGGUUCCGCGCCGUGAGAGGGAGAGAGAGAUUUUCUUUUUUCUUUCUCCAACGCUCCCGAUUAUUGAUGAUUUGAAGUUGCGCGACAGAAAUAAACCCUGGUAG